UUUAUUUUUAUACACUUUUUACUAAUAAGAACUAAAUUAUAAAGCAUGGAAUAUAUAUGUAAAAUACUAAGCUACGAUUUGGGUUUGCUCUAUAAGCAGCUUUUGCAGUGUAAUGCGUGUGAGCCGACGGAGUGUGGAAAGCAAAAGCAGCAUAAGCCAUAUGUAGUGACUAAGCUGAGUUACACUAUAAGAAAUAAAUAUCCCAAGCGGCUGGUUACCUAUGAUGCGGAGGCGGCUGGAGAGCCGAGACUGAUACGCAUGUCUGGAUUAAGUGAGAGUCAGCUGGAGCUGAUGUCGCCAGCGUGUACAAAGCAGGAGGAGGAGGAGGAGGAAGACUGCAAGUCGGACGACAAAUGCUGCAAGACUGAGCCAGAGGAUAGACAAGCAGCUGGGCAGCAGUACGAGCAGCUGGAGCAGCGCAGUCGGCAGCUGCAUCAACGCUAUGUGCAGUGCCAGCAAGCUGAGCUGAAGCCGCUGCUAGGCGCGGAUUGGAAGCAACUAAAGCCAGCAGAGAAAAUGCGUUUCUUUUGGCAAGCGCUGACCAAUUGCGAGCUGCGUGCCACGCCCUUUGAAAACUAUCAAGAGGCUUACUUGCAGCAUCGCCAACGCUCAGACAAGUGUCAGCAGUCCAAGCUGCUUGAUAACUGGCGCUGCUUUAGCCCAAAGCAGCGACUGCCCUUCAAUAUGCAGGCGCUGCUCUAUCAUGUGAGCUCUGGCGCUGUGGAUGCCACAGAUCAGUGCGCUAUACGUGCGUUGCUGAAUCGCUGGCGUUGAGACUCUUCAGCUGUCCGACCUUGAGCAUUGGUUGGGCGCAUUAAAGUGUCUGUCAAGCGCUUGCGAAUAAUGAAUAAACUGUUUCGAUUUUAAUUUUA